AUGACAAGCAGCAGUGGACCCAAACCAGAACCUUGCGGUCGCCUCAUCUUUGAUAAUCUGAAGAAGUCAAUUGCAUACACACUGACCAGCAACAUCCCCGAGAUCACCCCCUUCCUGCUAUUUAUCAUGGCCAACAUCCCCCUGCCCCUGGGAACUAUCACCAUCCUCUGCAUCGAUCUGGGAACUGACAUGGUUCCAGCUAUCUCAUUGGCUUAUGAAGCAGCAGAGAGUGACAUCAUGAAACGUCAACCCCGAAAUCCCCGAAUGGACAAAUUGGUCAAUGAGAGGCUAAUCAGCAUCGCCUACGGGCAGAUCGGGAUGAUCCAGGCGCUAGGAGGAUUCUUUUCCUACUUUGUGAUCCUGGCGGAGAAUGGCUUCCUGCCGAAGGAGCUAGUGGGGAUCCGGCUGCACUGGGAUGACAGGACCAUCAAUGACCUGGAGGACAGCUACGGGCAGCAAUGGACCUACGAACAGCGGAAAAUUGUGGAGUUCACGUGUCACACAGCGUUCUUUGUCAGCAUCGUGGUGGUGCAGUGGGCUGACCUGGUCAUCUGUAAGACCAGGAGGAACUCCAUCUUCCAACAGGGAAUGAAGAAUAAGAUCCUGAUUUUCGGACUGUUUGAGGAGACGGCACUGGCUGCGUUACUCUCGUACUGUCCUGGGAUGGAUGUUGCCCUCAGGAUGUAUCCCUUGAAGCCAAACUGGUGGUUCUGUGCCUUCCCCUACAGUUUCCUGAUCUUUGUCUAUGAUGAAAUUCGCAAACUCAUCCUUCGCAGAAACCCAGGAGGUUGGGUUGAACGUGAAACCUACUAUUGAUUCUGUCACCCCCUCCCCGUGGCUGCCCCCCCUCCGGCCGCGCCCUUUCCCCUCUGACCUGUCACCUCUCCCCUGCCCUUGCCCAGCUUGUGUUGUGAUUCGCCUUUUCCCGAGGGUGCUGUCCAGUCCCUGAACCUUGACCCUGCCGUCUGACCCGGUGUGUGUUAAUGACCCCCACCCACCCCCCCACAUUUGUCACCCCUCUUCCCCAUCCCCCACGCUCCCUCCCGGGGGACAGCACCUCUGGGGGGGAAUGCUGCUGGCUGAUGGGCCGAAUGGUGUGUGUU